AUGGCGUCGGCUGUCCGGUGCCCGGCGCUGUGCUGCUGCCGCCGCCCUCUCCACCCCGGGCCAGGCCCGGACUCCCCGCUGCCCUUUCAGCCAGGACCUCCUGACCCAGCUUCGGCCUCCAGCUUCCAGCUCUACCGGCUGCAUCACUUCCACCUGGGGCUGGAGCUGAGGCCGGAGACCCGGGAGCUGUCCGGCUGCUUGGUGCUUGAGCUGAACCCUCUGGUGCCGGGCGGGCCGGCUCUGGUUCUGGACGUUCACCCGGUGCUCCGAGUCAGCUCUGUACGGUGUAGAAGAGGGCCCGCUCCCUUUUCCUCAACAGACAUUCCUUCGUUGGAAGCACUGCCUUGCACUUUUAGCCAGCCAUGUGAGUUCCAUAGUGCCAGCGACUCUGCGCCCACUGACUCCACUUGCUGCUUUCCAUUGGACUUUAGGGUUGAAGAGUUUACAGAUUACGGCUCUGCGCUUACCAUCACUGUGCCUGAUACCCUGCAAAGGAGCGAGACGUUCCAGGUCAUUGUACACUACAUCACAGGCGAGGGUCCUGCGAUAUGGUGGCUGGAUCCUGAACUCUCCUAUGGAAGCUCAGAGUUGUUUGUGUUUACUCAGGGGCACUCUGUUUGCAAUCGCUCCUUCUUCCCAUGUUUUGAUACACCAGCUGUAAAGUGUACUUACUCUGCCUCUGUCAAGGCUCCAGCAGGAAUUCGGGUGCUUAUGAGCUGUACUCACAGUUAUUACAUAAAAGAAAUGGGCAUCUUCCAUUUCUACAUGGAGCAUCCUGUUCCUGCCUAUUUAGUGGCCCUGACUGCAGGUCAUUUACUUCCAGCAGAUAUUGGCCCCAGAAGUCGGGUGUGGGCUGAACCCUGUGUGCUGCCUUUGGCUGUUGGUAAACUAGCAGGACGAGUAGAGCAGUGGCUUCAGGCUGCAGAGAGAUUGUACGGACCCUAUAUCUGGGGAAGGUACGAUAUUGUCUUCCUGCCCCCAUCCUUUCCGAUUGUUGCCAUGGAGAACCCGUGCCUGACAUUCGUCAUCUGUUCCAUCUUGGACAGUGAAGAUUUCUUGCUUAUUGAUGUCAUCCAUGAAAUUGCGCAUGGCUGGUUUGGGAAUGCAGUCACUAAUGCCAGCUGGGAGGAAAUGUGGUUAAGUGAAGGCUUGGCAACCUAUGCCCAGCGCCGUAUCACCACUCUUGUUUAUGGUCCUGCUUUCACGUGUCUAGAGACAACUUUUCGACUUGAAGCUUUGCACAGACAGAUCCGAAUCCUUGGUCACGAUACACCAUUCAGCCGAUUGCAGGCCAAACUGGAUCCAGGUGUAAACCCUAGUAACCUCAUGAACUUAUUCACCUAUGAGAAGGGCUUUUGCUUUGUGCACUAUUUGUCCCAGUUAUGCGGGGACCAGGACAACUUUGAUGCCUUCCUCAGGGAUUAUAUUGAGAGGUUUAAGUUCCACAGUGUUGUAGCGAAUGAUCUGCUGGAGUCCUAUCUCAGCUUUUUCCCUCAUUUAAGGGGUGAGAGUCCAUCAUAUAGUGAAGGUCUAGACUUUGAUCGCUGGCUUAAUGCUCCAGGACCUCCCCUGACCCAGCCAGAUCUUUCUCAGGGAUCUGUGUUCACUUCUUCAGUGGAAGCAUUGAAUCAGCUGUGGAUGGCUGAACCUUUGGAUAUUGAAGCUGCUGCCACCUUUGUCAAUAUCGCAGAUUGGCAAACUUUCCAGACUGUACUCUUUUUGGACAAGCUGUUAGAUCAAUCUCCACUGCGACCAGAGGUGAUGCUUCAGCUGUCCCUGUGCUAUUCUUCUGAUCUGGCUACUAUGAACACAGAAAUCCGAAUCCGCUGGUUACAGAUUGUGGUGCGAAACAACUUCCAGUCAGACUUGCCCCGAGUGCGCCAUUUCCUACUCUGCCAAACAUCUAGGAUGUACACUAUCCCACUUUAUGAAGAUCUUAGCGCUGGACCACUGAAAUCAUGUGCCCUGGAAAUCUUCUGUCAGACUCAUGGACGAUUACAUCCAAAUCUACGUAAAACCAUCCAGCAGAUCCUGGCUCAGGGAGGUUUCUGUGGUGCAGCCGGACUCUGCCUUGCCUGUGCUGUCCCUACUGAACUCUAUACACAAGGCUCUUCCUCUCUCAGGGAUGUGAAUGUGACAGCCUGA